CGUCAUCCCCACAGCGCGUCACCCUCACCCCGUCUCUCUCUCUCCAGCCUCAUCCGCCAUGCUUCUGCGGGCCGGCCCCUCGUCGCUCGCGCUGCCCCGCGCGGCUCGCCUCGGCAGCGUCGGGCCGCGUCCACAUCUGCUCGCCUCCACCUCUCCCUCUUCGCCGCGGCACAUGCACACGCCGCCCUCGCACUUCGACACGCACGCCCUCGUCGCGCGCCUCGAGUCGUCGGGCCUGACGCGGCAGCAAGCCUCGGAGCUCGUCGCCUCGCUGCACGCGGCCGUCUCGUCGGCCGUGGCGAACCUCGAGGCGUCGCUCAUCCCGCGCGCAGAGGCCGAGCGCUGGCGCUACUCGCAGAAGGUCGACUUUGCGCGCCUCAAGAGCGAGAUCCAGCUGCUGGAGCGCAACGAGUUUGCCCUCAUGAAGAGCGAAAACGAGCGCCUCAUGGCCGACGUGGAGAAGCUGAAGCAGAAGCUCAGAGAGGAGAUCACGCGCACCACGGCCGGCGUGCGGCUGGAUCUCAACCUCGAGAAGGGCCGCAUCCGAGACGAGUCUUCCGUGCACGCCCUCAAGAUCAAAGAGGUCGACACGCGCAUCGAGUCGGAGAUUGCAACGCUGCGCACGAGCAUCCAGAGUGCAAAGUUCAACGUGCUGCAGACGCUCACGGGUGUGGCGACGGGUGCGGGCGCGCUACUUCUUGCCUAUCUGCGCAUGUUCCGGUGAUCCGCCGCUCCGCGUUCUCCAUACAUCCCUUUGCACAGGGCGCGCAUCGGGGCCGAGAGAGCUGUAUGUUUGCAUUUGGUCGCACGAGGCAGCGACUUGGAGGCAGUGUCGACGGUGAGGGCACACGUGAAGAGAGGG